GAUGCUGCCAGGAGCCCGAGCGCUGCGCAGCAGUGGCAGGGUGAGCAUCCAUCUGCCCUUUGCCUUUGUAGGGCUGGUGCAGAGCUGUCCUGCUUCGUGCCAGCCACUUCAAAGGGCUUCUGCAAGGCUUGCUGCCAUCAGCUGAGGUGGACCCAAAGAACACGCUUGAGCCUUGCCAAGAUGUUUGCAGUCUGGAUCACUACUCUUUUCCUUCUUGAUGCAGCCACAGGAAGGGAAGUGUGCUACGAAAGGCUUGGAUGCUUUACCGAUGAUCCCCCUUGGUCUGGGAUCCCAGGCAGAGAACUGGCAGGCUUGCCCAGCCCUCCAGCAGCUGUGAACACCAAUUUCCUCCUUUACACUAGAGACAACACCAUGAAAUACCAAAAAAUUUCUGCUUCAAAUCCUUCAACUAUCAAAGCUUCAAAUUUUCGAGCACACAGGAAAACUCGCUUCAUUAUACAUGGCCAUCUUGGUGGAGUGGACCUCCCCUGGAUAUCAAACAUGUGCAGGUUCAUGUUUCAUGUUGAAGAUGUAAACUGCAUUCUGAUUGACUGGACAGGUGGCUCCAGUGGCUUGUACACUGAAGCAGUUAACAACGUCCGCAUCGUGGGGGCUGAGCUCGUAUAUCUUGUGAACCUUCUCGAGAAAGACUACAGCUACUCUCCUGCCAAUAUUCACUUCAUUGGCCAUAGUCUUGGAGCACAUGCUGCAGGGGAGGCAGGGAGACGGAAACCUGGCAUUGGAAGAAUAACAGGUUUGGAUCCAGCUGGGCCUCUUUUCCAGUAUACUCCUAAUAAGGUUAGGCUGGAUCCUUCAGAUGCAAAAUUUGUUGAUGUAAUUCAUACUCACGCUGGUCAUCUCUUCUUUGACUUUGCUCCUGGGAUUCUUCAGACUUGUGGCCACCUGGAUUUUUACCCAAAUGGUGGGAAGAAAAUGCCAGGAUGCAAGCAGCUUCGAGUACCUCCCACAGCUCGGGAUAUCAAUGACCUUAUGAGAGCAUAUAGAUCUAUUGGAUGUGGACAUAAAAGAAGCCUCCGGUAUUAUGCUGAAAGUAUUAUCACCCCAAAUGGAUUUCUUGGCUACCAGUGUGAAACAUACCGAGAUUUUAUAUUGGGAGCAUGCUUCCCAUGCCGAAAGGAAGGAUGCCCGCUUAUGGGUCAUUAUGCCGACGUGUUUCCUUAUAAAACUGAGAAAGAACAGCAGAAGGUUUAUUUAAACACAGGGGCCCGCCCCCCAUAUUCUCGCUGGCGAAAAGAGAUAUGUGUCAGAGUAUCUGCAACAGAAACCAUGAAGGGAAAUAUAGAUGUAGCCUUGACUGGUACUAAUGGGAUCAGGAGAAAAUAUACAAUUGACAAGGGAACUUUCAAGCCAGGCAAUACAUACUUGAACUAUAUCGAUACAGAAAUUUCUGGGAACAUUUCAAAAGUCGAGUUUCUCUGGAAGAAGCAUCUAGGUCAGGUACACAGAGGCUGCAUGGGAGCUGAUGAAGUCACUGUAAUAUCUGGGGAAGAUGGAAAUGUGUCUGUGUUCUGUGGCCACGGGUCUGUGCAGCCGAACAAAUGGCAAACCCUGAUGCCUUGCUAGGGCUGGGAGAGGAAUGCCACAGCUGUCUGCCCUCUGCAAGAGUUUGCUUCUUCAGCCAAACUGCUGGCAAGGCUCCUCCAAGAGAAAUGGACAAUUUUUCCAGCCUACUACUAAAGCUCUAUUUCUAAAUCGGUGCUGUCAGCUUGUAUCCAAACAGGGGAGCUACAGUUCUGUGAAUUCUAGUUACAGCCACAGCUAACAGGCAUUUUACCAGCUAUACAAUCACAUGGUUUGGUUGUAUUGCAAAUUCAAGGAGGACAAUACUAAAAUAGGUUAAAAACAAAACAACGACAACAACAAACACAGCAUAGACAGACAAAUCCUUUAACUGUGCCUGCUUGAUUGUUCAGGAAAAGGACACCUUCAUGCUUUCUGGAGCAUCUUAUUCUAUGUGAGGAUUCUGACAAAUAAUUUUAAUAUAAAAAUAUUCAGAGUUUUAAUGGCAUUGAGUGACACCUGCUUUUCGUUCCUGAAGAAUGUAUUUAAACAACAUUUUAGCAACACAUCCAAAAGACUGUUUAGCAGCUGGGACUGCAUACCAAGUUGUACCCUGAGAAACUCAAUCAUCAAAGUCCACCUUAUGUCAAGCAGGACAACUUAAUGCACAGCAGAAUAUUUGAUUGUUGCCUUUUUCAUUGACUUGCUGUGUUCAGCUCUGCUGAACAUUGGGUGAGCUGGGACUCUCUCUGUACCUGAAAUGGGUACCUUCUUUAUCAAGAUAAUGUUGUGCAAUUGAAGAUAUUAAAUUUUCUGUCAGCCUUCAAAAUAAUAAUUUUCCCUUUGCCAUUGAAGCUGAAUUUUCCACCUGCAUCUUGCUUUUCUAAAACCAGAAAACCUUUAAGACCUCCCAUAAUUUCAGGAAAAGUAUCUUAGAAAAAUAUUUAGGAUCAUGGUUAUUUUCCCAGUAUAAAGAACUUAAUAUGCCCCUUUCUGAGAUACAAAACUUUUCCCCACAAAAAUUCUGAUGAUGCUUAAGUUGGGCCUCAGCUUCAGUAUUUUCAUUAUUGUAGCAUUGCCCCAGACCAUUUGGGAGUAUUUUGAUAACACUAUUUAGCAAAAUCAGGCUACCAGACUGUUUUUGUUUCAGUGGAAGUUCACCACAAAAAUCCUUUUGGAUUUUAUUGCUCACUGUGGUCUAAGGAACACAGCGAAUAUUUAAACCUAAUAUGAGGUUUAUCAUUUGGGCACAGAAAUCCGAUGUGGGAAUCAUGUUGGCCAACUCUGAUCUGUUCCAUCCUAAUAACUAGCUAUUCCAGAAUACUUCCAAUGAGGUUCACCAGAAACACCGUUGAUGAGAUGAGUUACACAAGGCUAAACAUGAGUGAUGAACAGGUGUGUUAUAAAUUAUGCAGCAAUAAUUUUGAGAUAUCAGAAUCCAGUCAGUUCCCAUGAAGUUUGCCAGAGGAGAUUGCUUAGGAUAUUUGAAUCGAAGUUCACAAAUCUGUCCACUUUCACGGGCUCCCUGCUUUGGUAUGUUUACCACCUCCACCCACAUGAGGAAUAGGAUCCAGAAACCUUCCCAAGCAUGGAAUUCAUUCCCCAGAGAAGUAUAAACCAAAGCCCUGGGUACAUGCACAUAUUUGGGAAAUACCUAUAGUUAGGAAUUACACUAUCUUGGCCAUCUGUCAUAAAUCAGGCAUGGCUCUCUGCCUCAGAGUUGCACAAAUUAAGCAGAUGGAGGGAGGGGGAAAGGAAUACUUACUAUUCUGUUCAUGCACUCAGGUCCUUAAGCAAAAGAAACGUAAAUAUUUUUCUUGGGGACUCAAAAAAUGUGUUUAGCAGGGCCAGGAAGUGCAUUAUCUGAUUUAAUGACAUAAGGAAUCAGGGUGAACAGGAUAAUGUGGGCCAUGGCUUCUCACUGAAAGAAACAUCACCCUGUUGAAUUCAGGAGUUUGUAAAGCACAAACCCUUUCCCUUCUGUCUCCAUAUUUGGCUGUGUCUUCCUUGCAAUUUUGAACAUUAAUUUGAUGUUUUUAUGAAUCAUAAAUCAUAAAAUUCUUCCCUUCAAAAAUACAAACUUUCAUUUUGUUUAAUUUUUAGCUGUUGAUUUCAACAGCUUUCUGAUGAAAUAUAGCAACUCACAUGAGCUGAUAACAUCUGCUAUAAGCUGAUUAGGCCCCUUAAAAAUAGGUGUUUCCUCACCCAAUCAGUACGGCUAAGAAUAAAAUAUUGUGUUACUUUCUACCCCUUCUCUUGUCCCACUUUGUGUUUAUAUUAUAUACUCUUUCUCGAGUUAAUUUUCACUCUUUGGUAUGGUAAAUAUCAGCACCGCACAUUUUUGCUAAGACAUCUAUAAACAGAGCAGAAAACAGAGGAGGUUUAUUUUUAUGAACUACAGGUGAAAAAAUAUUGAAAGCAGCUGUGUG